UUUGAUAUUCAUGAAUUGGAACUUGAACCAGAUGAAGAAGAUGUAGCAAUUGAAGAGAUUCCAGCAACUACAGUAACUAGUAUAACAGUACAAUCAUGGACGACAACAUCCAAAAGGCCAUUACUACCAUUAACACCAUUAAUAACCGAACAAACAGCGCCACCAACU